CGUGCGGCCCCGCCCUGCGCGCGCAGACUGAGUGCGGCGGCGAAGAUGGCGACCGCCAUGUACUUGGAGCACUACCUAGACAGCAUCGAGAACCUUCCCUGUGAGCUUCAGAGGAACUUCCAGCUGAUGCGAGAGCUGGACCAGAGGACGGAAGAUAAGAAAGCGGAGAUCGACCUGCUGGCGGCCGAGUACAUCUCCACGGUGAAGACGCUAUCGGCCAGCCAGCGCGUGGAGCACCUGCAGAAGAUCCAGAGCGCCUACAGCAAGUGCAAGGAGUACAGCGACGACAAGGUGCAGCUGGCCAUGCAGACCUACGAGAUGGUGGACAAGCACAUCCGCCGACUGGACGCUGACCUGGCGCGCUUCGAGGCGGACCUGAAGGACAAGAUGGAAGGCAGCGACUUCGAGAGUCCUGGGGGCCGUGGGCUGAAAAAAGGCCGUGGUCAGAAAGAGAAGAGAGCCUCUCGGGGCCGUGGCCGGAGGACUUCCGAGGAGGACACCCCGAAGAAGAAGAAGCACAAAGGCGGGUCUGAGUUCACCGACACCAUCCUGUCUGUGCACCCAUCUGAUGUGCUGGACAUGCCCGUGGACCCCAAUGAACCCACCUACUGCCUGUGCCACCAGGUGUCCUACGGGGAGAUGAUUGGCUGUGACAAUCCUGACUGCCCCAUCGAGUGGUUUCACUUCGCCUGUGUGGACCUGACCACCAAGCCUAAGGGGAAAUGGUUCUGUCCCCGCUGCGUUCAGGAGAGGAGGAAGAAGAAGUAAGGGGUGGCUGCCGUCCAGCUCUGGAGGUGACCAUACGCCUUCCUUCCUGUUGCCGCAAUGCUUUCUCUUCGUUUCUAUAACUACCUUGUCUGGAAUGGUAUUUGAGGACUCCAUGGCCAGUUGUGACGGUCUCCUUGGCCUGUCUGCACAGCGGACGGACUCCAUCCAGGGCCUGCAGCGGCCCCUGACUAUCUAUCCCAGCCUGCCCUGCACCCUGGGGCCCUGGGGCGGCCGGGACACCGCCAGCCUAGACACUGCCACCACCCUGGUAGCUGGACAUGCCGCCCGCAGGCCUGUGCAUGGCGCCCUGCCCAGUGUCCCCAGGGACGGCCUCUGAGGGGCCUCCCCCAGACUGCCUCACUCAUGGGGACUCCGUGGCUGGCACAGCACCAGCAGAGACAGUGUCAGCCCGCUGUGCCCCCAUCUCCCCAUUACUGUGAAGAGGAGUCACCGGCCUGCACGAGGCCUCACGCUGCGGUGUCCACGGGGAUAGAGGACAGCAUGCCCCAGGGGGUCCCUGGAAGUGGCCCAGAGGUCAGGCCAGCCUCCGGUGACCUCAGCAGCCUGGGGGGGGGGAGGGGCACUUGGGCAGCCUGGUGAGAUGGUGUAUGCAGGCAUCCCUGGCUUCCCUCUGGGGACUCCCUCCCUGCACUGCAGGCCAAGACUCCCCCAGAAAGUGAAGGGGCUUCACCCUUCACCAGCCACUGAAGGUGGGGCGAGAGCUAGGGCUUUGAAGGCUGCAUUCUGAUCCCGGCUCCUCAGUCCAGGCUGGCUCAGUGAUGGUGGUGGAGGAAGGUUGUGGGGCUCAAGGGACACUCGGGGACCUGACACCAUGUGGUGACCCCUCUGCCCUGUACCCACGAGUCUGAACUGCUGUGCUCCUCCUGUGGUCUGGAUGUGGUGCCGCUCUGCCGUCACACAUGGUGUCUGCAUGUUCUGUGCUUCUGUCCCUCUUGGCCCCUUGUCACAAUUUCUCCAGGACAACACGGUGGUGCCAGCGGGUGCCUGGGCUGUGGCCUCUCCCAGGCUGGUGCUGGGGGAGUGGGGGUGGGGGUGGGGUGAAGGGACACUCACUGGGCCGUGGUUAGAGAAGGGUGACGCCCCAUAAGGGCCCCAGGGGGACACUUGUCCAGCCCCUGCCCUGCCCUCCCCAGAUCUGAGCCUGCAGGUGGUGGUAGAGCACACCUGUCCUUGGGGGCUGAGGGGCUGGGCUGGCCUGGCCUCCUGGCUCCUUCCUGCCGCUGAGUCUGAGCUAAGGGUCCAGCCGCUGAGCCGGAGGGAGGAGGUGACCAGGAGGGGCAGUGGUGCGUCCUGUGUCCUGUGAGCUCUCGGCUGGACCGCUGUCAGACGUGCUGACUGUGAAUCUGAGCCCCACAGCUGUGGGUGCAGACCGAGCAGAAGCCUGUGACUCCCCAAUGUCCCAUGUGACCGUCCUUGCCACCCCUCCCUCCCACGGGGGGCUUGAGGCCUCCUGAGCGGACCCGCUCGGGCCGACUUCCAGCAAUAACACUGACCAAAGGGCAGCUCUCCUCAGCCCGCAGAGCCGUGCCGUCCCGUAGUCACUGGCCUCCGGCCCAUGGUCACUUCUUGUGUGGAGAGGGACUGAGCAAGUCUCACCCGGAAGACGGCGCAGCUUGAACUUGAGUGACUUCUUCCACGGAGCUGUCCUGUGUCCCCUUUGUAAAGCGGAGUCUUGUAAAUCUUUUUAUCGAAUAACGUAAAAGAUGUACAUCUGUAUUUUUGGAUCAUGCUAUAGAUUAUGGAUAUAUUGUUUAAUAAAUAAAAUAUUUUUUUGAACAAA